UGAACAGGUAAGAAAGAAUGGAAAAAAAAACUUUAUUUAAUUUUAUUUGUGUUUAGUUAAUUGGUUUUUCAUGUUUUAAGUUUAAGUUGUAUUUAAUUAAUUAAUUAAUAUUUUAUUUAGGUUAGUUUUUUUUAUUUUGGUAUAAAGCGUAAUAAAAAAAAAGGGGACUAAAUUAGUGUAGAAGGUACCAUUUUUUAAUGACUUUAGAAAUAAAGGGUACUUAAUAGGUAUUUUUAGUAUUAUAUAUACUAAAUAUGUAUUUCUAUAAAAUAUCCGUCAGAGUAUUCCCAAAUAUAAACACUGAAAUAAAUAUAUUUGUUACCGAUAUUGAGAAAAAAAAAAGUUAUAAUAAUAUUUUAAAGUAACUGUCGAUUUGCCGCGAAAGAGUUUUUCUUUUGGCAUAGAUAUUGGUUCUCUUCUUUCGUUUCUUCUCCCAACUCUCUCUCUCUCCAUUUCCAACUGAGUUGCUUAGCGAGUUAGAGCAAGAAAAAAGCCAUGUUUUUCGUCCGAGUCCACUCAGUUGAUACCGGGCACCCUCUUGCCUUUGAUGAUUUGGAGUUUUCACAAGUUUAUACUGCUUCUGCUCAUACUACCACUGCGAACACCAAGAAAUCUCAAUCGAAUCCCAAUACUGCUGUUUCCAAGUACAGCGAAAGGAGAGGUGUAACGCACCUGUUCCGGAGUAUAGCUCAUUCUUCGUUACCGAACCCUAGCUCCAGGUCCACUACCAUAUUCGUCAUUGCCGUCCCCAAUUACGUCUCCUUCGAGGAUUUCAUCCGGUUUUGUGGCUCUCGAAUCGACCAUAUCACUGAGCUCGUCUUCAUAAGGAACGAUGGGAUGGAUGAUCGAUACAGUGUUGUAAUUAGGCUUAUGAAUCAGUUGACGUCUGAUGGAUUUUAUUGUAGUUUCAAUGGGAAGAAGUUCUCACCAGGCGAGGCUGAGGUCUGCCACAUUCUGUUUCUGCAAUCGGUGGAUUACACAGAAUCAGCUGCGAUAGCUGGGACACCACCAGAUGGUAGCACUGAGUUACCAACUUGCCCAGUUUGCCUUGAGAGAUUGGAUUCAGACACUAGUGGAAUACUGAGUACCCUUUGUGACCACUCUUUCCAAUGCCAUUGCACUUCAAAGUGGGCUAACUUAUCUUGCCAGGUUUGCCAAUACUGUCAGCAGCAGGAUGAUGGCCCAACUUGCUCUGUUUGUGGGACGACGGAGAAUCUGUGGGUUUGUGUGAUAUGUGGUUUCGUAGGAUGUGGAAGAUACAAGGAAGGACAUGCAAUUAGGCAUUGGAAGGAUACAGAGCAUUGCUAUUCUCUUGACUUAACAACACAACAAAUCUGGGAUUAUGUUGGUGAUAUUUAUGUUCACCGACUUAACCAAUCAAAAACUGAUGGCAAGUUUGGUGAAAUGAACUCCAACUGCUUGUCAUCUGAAGGAGAUUGUGGCAGCUGCACAUGUAGUGAGGAUUCUGGAUUUAGUGGAGCACUUUAUAGCAGCAAAGUUGACGCAAUUGUGGAUGAAUACAACCAUCUCCUUGCUAAUCAGCUUGAGAAUCAAAGACAACAUUAUGAAUCUCUACUAACAGAAGCCAAAAGUAAACUGGAUAAUACAAUUUCAGAAGCAGUUGACAGGACAGUGACUUCCAAAAUGCAGGACAUCCUAAAUCAACUGGAAAAGUGUAAAGAGGAAAAAAAUACUGUUGCAGAUAUCAAUCGAAAUCUUAUCAAAGACCAAGAAGUUUUGCGCAAGAAGUUCAAGGAGAUUGAAGAAAGGGAAGCUGCCGAACUAGAGUUGAGGGAUGAAAGGAUACACGAUAUGGAAGAACAGAUUAGGGACUUUAGUGUCUAUAUUGAAGCCCAGAAAGCGCUCAACGACAUGAAGGAUUCAGAUGGUAUCAAAGGGGGAACUGUAUUACCAGUACCUUCAAAUCAAUCUCCCUCAUCUAAUACCAGAAAGCAUACAAAGUCGGGCCGCAAGCGGAACUAGAGAGAGUUGAUAAAAGCUGUUCACCGUGGAUAGACUGAAAGAUCCUGACUCCCGUUAGAAAGAUAAAUUCAUCUGAACUUUAAUUGAUAAAUAAAUAAAUCUGAUAUUUCAGAGCUUAAUGCUAGGCUGUUGAUUUUUUUUCUUCUUUUUUCUACAUAUAUAAAUGAAGCAUAUGUACAAAUUAUAUUUUUAGUGGACAGCCUAAUUCAGGCCUGUUCAAGUGUUCAUGUUGACAUAAUAUGCGCCAACUUAACUAGUGCCUCACCGGCUUGCACUGUUGAUAAACUCAGAGUUUAGACAUGAUUGAGGCA